GAGGUAUGCCAGUGCCUGAGGUGGCGUCUGACACUGCCAGUGCUGCCACCAUGUUGAGCCCCGUCCUCAACGCCUCCAACGGAGACGGCUCAGAGUCUGAAACCACCUCCGCCAUCCUCGCGUCCGUCAAGGAGCAGGAGUUGCAGUUUGAACGUCUGACCAGAGAGCUGGAAGUCGAACGACAGAUUGUUGCCAGUCAGCUGGAGAGAUGCAAGCUUGGCUCUGAAACUGGAAGCAUGACUAGCAUCAGUUCUGCAGAUGAGAAGUUUCGCUGGAACAACCAAGAUGGACAGAAGGACAUCGAGGAGGAGCUGACGACAGGCCUGGAGCUGGUCGACUCAUGCAUCCGAUCACUUCAGGAAUCGGGCAUCUUGGACUCACAGGACACUUCUACAGGCGACAGACAAGGACUCCUUUCCCAGAGCGCAUUGCAGCUCAACAACCAGGAUGCCUACGCCGCCGCCGGUUAUCACAGUAACCAGGGGCUUGCACUGGGGGAAUCAGGCCGAGGUGGGGCGGUUCACAGCUACAACCAGGUGACGUCCAGCCGAGCGGCUGCCCAGUUAGCGGGCACGGAUUCUCCCUCGCAGUCCCAGAGAGACUCGUUUGCCCAGCAGGCCCUUGGCGGCGCCUUCCAGAUGCCCGCCGAGGGCGGGCCCGCCCCCGUCGGACCUUCCAUGUAUUACUCCUGUGCCACUUUGCCAGCUCAGCGUGUGAGCUCCCCUCUGCAGGCAGUGGGAUCCCCGACCAAGCUGCAGCGCCUGGGCUCGGCCGCCGCCGACAUGCCCAGCUACGCCACGCUACAGAGGGUGUCCUCGCCCAAACAGUCCCCCAGCCGGCUCGCCAAAUCCUACAGCACCUCGUCGCCGAUCAAUAUGGUGGCUUCAGGUGCCGCCGGGUCCUCCUCGCCCCUCCCCAUGGCGGCCUCCCCGGGGGGGAACCACACCUCGUCGCCCAUCCACCAGCUCAGCUCGGCGGUGGGGAGCUACGCCACGCUGUCGCCCACCAAGCGAAUGCUCCAUCACAUCGGCGCAGACGGCUACAAGAUUUCCCACGAGCUGUACGCCAACGCCACCCUGCAAAGGCCUGGUAGCCUGGCAGGUAGAGGCUCGAGAGGCUCCUACAGCAGCCAGCACAGUCACCUGGGCUCCGAGCUGCGGCCCCUGCAGUCCCCUGAACACCACAUCGACCCCAUCUACGAAGACAGAGUCUACACCAAGCCAAACCUUCGAGGACAAGCCCCGCCCUCCCCUGGUGUCGACCCAAUCCCCUUGCAGCGAACGGGAAGCCAGAGUGCCGCCGCCACCUUCCAGAGGGGCAGCUUUGCCACGGGAGGCGGGGCGGCCGACUACGCCAACCCGUACCGCACCCUGCAGUUCUGCCCGUCCACCGAGUCGCCUUACAGCAAGUCGGGCCCCGCCCUCCCCCCCGAGGCCGCCCUGGGCCGGUCCCCGUCGGUGGACAGCAUCCAGAAGGAUCCCAGGUUCGACCCCGAAUUCCUUGUGUGGAAUCAAAAUCAAGCCGAGCAAAGAAUGACAAAGGAGUUUGGCUGGCGGGAUCCAGAGCUGCCAGAGGUGAUCCAGAUGUUGCAGCAUCAGUUCCCAUCGGUCCAGUCCAACGCCGCUGCCUACCUCCAGCACCUGUGCUUUGGAGACAACAAGAUCAAGUCUGAGAUACGGCGGCAGGGGGGCAUCCAGCUCCUGGUGGACCUCCUGGACCACCGGAUGACCGACGUGCACCGCAGCGCCUGCGGAGCCCUGAGGAACCUGGUGUACGGCAAAGCCAACGACGACAACAAGAUCGCCCUGAAGAACUGCGGAGGCAUCCCUGCUCUGGUCCGGCUGCUCCGGAAGACCACAGACGUGGAGAUCCGAGAGCUGCUCACAGGUGUUUUGUGGAACCUGUCGUCGUGCGACGCCCUGAAGAUGCCCAUCAUCCAGGACGCCCUGGCCGUGCUGACCAACGCCGUGAUCAUCCCCCACUCGGGCUGGGACACCUCCCCGCACACACAGGAGGACCGCAAGCUGCACCUACACUCAUCGCAGGUCCUCCGCAACGCCACGGGCUGCCUCCGGAACGUGAGUUCUGCAGGUGAGGAAGCCCGGAGGAGAAUGAGGGAGUGUGAAGGUUUGACAGACGCUCUUCUGUACGUCAUCCAGACCGCUCUGGGGAGCAGUGAGAUUGACAGCAAGACUGUGGAGAACUGCGUGUGCAUCCUGAGGAACCUGUCCUACCGCCUGGCUGCAGAGACGUCUCACAGCCAGCAGGGGGGGUCGGAGGAGCUGGACGGGUUGUUGUGUGACACGGGCGGAAAGGACGCGGAGAGUUCUGGGUGCUGGGGCAAGAAGAAGAAGAAAAAGAAGGGUCAUGACCAGUGGGACGGCGUCGGCCCGUUUCCAGACUUGGCGGAGCCCCCGAAGGGCAUCCAGAUGUUAUGGCACCCCACCAUCGUCAAGCCCUACCUCACCCUGCUGUCUGAGUGCUCCAACCCAGACACCCUGGAGGGAGCAGCUGGGGCCCUGCAGAACCUGGCUGCUGGCAGCUGGAAGUGGUCUGUUUACAUCCGAGCCGCGGUGCGUAAAGAGAAGGGCCUCCCCAUCCUGGUGGAGCUGCUGAGGAUAGACAAUGACCGGGUGGUCUGUGCCGUGGCGACCGCCCUCAGAAAUAUGGCCCUGGACAUCAGGAACAAGGAGCUGAUUGGUAAAUACGCCAUGAGGGACCUGGUGCACCGCUUGCCUGGAGGCAGCAACAACAACAACAGCACCGGAGGAGGAGGAGGAGGAGGGGGCGGCGCCAACGGCGGCGGCCUGGUGGGGAAGACCAUGUCGGACGACACCAUCACGGCGAUCUGCUGCGCCCUGCACGAGGUCAUCACCAAGAACAUGGAGAACACCAAGGCCCUGAGGGACGCCGGCGGCAUCGAGAAGCUCAUCGGCAUCGCCCGGAGCAAGGGAGACAAACAUAGUCCUAAAGUGGUGAAAGCAGCCUCUCAAGUCCUGAACAGCAUGUGGCAGUACAGAGACCUCCGCAGCCUCUACAAGAAGGACGGCUAUUCUCAGUACCAUUUCGUCGGCUCUUCCUCCACGAUAGAGCGAGACAGACAGCGACCUUACUCUUCCUCUCGCACUCCGUCCAUCUCGCCCGUGCGGACCUCUCCCAACAAUCGAUCAGCGAGUGCUCCCGCGUCCCCACGGGAGAUGAUGGCGCUGAAGGAGAGGAAAGCAGACUACGAGUCGACUGGCAAUGCCAGUUACCAUGGCAACAAGGGCGAGCACACAUCCCGGAAGGACGCGAUGACGGGUCAGAUCACUGGUGGGUCUUCCACACUACAUAGAGGAGCGUACGUGUCCCCGACAGAUGACCUGAAGUAUAAUCAGAUCUCUUCUCAAGGCUUGCCAUCAGAACCUUAUCCCCCUUUCCAAAACCCCCCUCCGCCCGAUAAUGGAAACUACGAGGACCAGGCGUUUUACGAGAACCAGCUCCAUCCGGGAGGACGUCCUCCACAGGGGGACCUCAACAUGCACCUGCAGGGCCUCAAGUCCACAGGCAACUAUGUAGACUUCUACUCAGCCUCACGGCCCUACAGUGAGCUGAACUAUGAGACCAGCCACUAUCCAGCCUCGCCGGACUCCUGGGUCUGAGAGGAGAUGAGGGUGGAGGAGGAGGAGGAGGAGAGGGUGAGGAUGGAUGAAGAGGGACAAACGGUAAAAGUGUAGUUUAAGAAAAGACUUGUUUCCCUCCCGUCCCAUCCUCCUCUGUAGUUCCUGAGUAGCAUCUUAGAUAGCAGGACAAAGGAGGGGAGGAUGGUGUGUGCGACAGAAGAUCCGAGGCGUUUACGCUCCUUCCAAAGACACCGGAGGGGGAGAGGCGAGAGGGGAGCAGCGAGGACCGGGAGCAAACGGAGGAGCGGCCGCGCAUGUGCAUGCACACCACCAACCAAACCGACGGACACAUUUCCUUUCUGUGUUUAGUUUGUGAUCAACAACUGGUAGCGAAGGUUCAGCAGGCCUCCGGAUGCGGAAUGUAAAAGAGACGGACGUGGGGACAGACUGAGAGACGGAGCACGGAGGAAAGGCUUGAGGUCAAAAGUUGGGAAAUUACGUAAUGAGGCGAUGAAGGACAAUGAAAGAGGAAAAUAGAUCAGCCGACUUGCAGAUGGGAGGUUAUGCAAUGUGGGGGAAACUGGUGAGAAUCCUGUAAAUAUGUGGCAUAGCAACGUGGCUUUUAGUAACAUGAAGCACAAGAAGCAGAGCUGUAGGACAUGUAGGACGUCUGUCACAAAAACUUCUGUUUCUCUCUGACUUUGGCGUGAUGUAUCCUCCUCUGGGCAAAGAAUGCUUCUGGACUUUGGUCAUUUGUAACAGGUUUAUUUUGUCUGUUUGUUUGUUUGUUUUUUUUUUCUUUUCGUUUGUGUUUCUACUUUUUUAAUUCCGGUUGUAUAGUAUUUGAUGUACAUUUACUGAGAUGCAUUGUGUACUGUACAUUGCACUAUUUUCUGUGUCAUGUCAGGCCUUUCGCCGCUGGGUCAGCCUCACCUGCUCACUAACUAACCCCUCUGAAACCAUUACACACAGAUACACACACACACACACACACGACAGCCGCUUUUCCAAACAUAAACCACGGAUGUAUUGAUAAUGUGAAACACUGGAUUUGAAAAGCUCGGUGACGGCGCUCCUCUCACUGCCCUACAGAUUAGCCGAAGACAGUUUUUUUUUUCUCUCUUUUCUUUCAAUUCGAGCUUUGAUGGCUUUUUAUUUCCACAUUACUGUCACAAAUCUCCUGUUUUCAUUCCCAUUUCCUUGAGUGACCGUUGCUCAUUGUGUAUAUAACCGUGCCAAACAGGGGUGUACUUUCGGGGUCAAGGUGUGUCAAAGGGUCCAAGUUGAGCUGAACGUUUUCAGCUGAACAGCCUCACCGUCGUUCUAACAAUGCCAGUUUGUAAAUGCUUUGGUUUUUCUAAACUGUGUUUUACCUGCGACGAAAACUGUCUCCACUGCGCCGAGACCGGAGAGAAAAACCCACAAAAAAAAAAAAAAAGAAAAAAGAGAAACGAGCGGAGGGAACCGUGACGGGGCGGAGCCUCACUUCCUCCAAAGUUGUACAAAAUUAGUUUAUUUCUGUGUUGUAAAAUAAUCAAUGUUUGAGAAAAAAAAAACAACAACUUUUCUGAGAGAUGGGUGGCAGUUCUAACUUCAUGCUAGACAAAACUGUUAAUAGAGUACGGAUAUAUAUUAUAUAAAUAUAAAUAUAUACUUUUUAUGUGCAGAUGUGGAUGUCACUUAUAGCAGCAACAUUAUGAGAAAAAAAAAACUUGUUUAAAAAAAGAAAAACAGCUACGUGUAGGAAUUUCGUUUCACAUUUUACUUUCUGGUCAACACACUAAAUUGUCGACUUUGUGUAGUAAUGUUGUUGCUAUGUGGAGUAGAGUAGACCAGGGCCCAGGGAUCCACGUUGUCACUGAAGAGCUUCAAAAAGGUGCUACAUCCGUUAGAAGUAUUUCCAACAUGUCUGUAUUUUAUCUGUGCACAAAAUGUUUCCUUUCCACACACUUACUCUCACACACACACACACACCCUCUCUCUAAAACAUAUUGCUGCAUUAAUAACAAAUGGAUUUUCAGGCCUGAGUUCACCGUGCAUGAACCAGACACACACACACACACACACACAUCAACACACUUCGCCUCUGAUCGACUGGUCUCAUUGUCCUUAAAUGGGAAAACCUGCGCCCAUGAAUGCGUGAGAACCGUGUGGUCAAUCUGAAAUGUUUUAUUAACUUUUUUUUCUUUUCUUUUUCAAAGCGAGGAAGGCUGAAAUUGUCAAAUGUGACAACUGACCCUGGCUCUCCCUCCCCACUGCUCUUUAGAAGUCUUAGAGGUCAUCUUCCAUUGCUUGAAAAACGAUUCAUGAUGCAACUCUCCCCCCGUCUUGCCCCCCCCCCACAACCACACACACACACACACACACACACACACACACACACACACACACACACACACACACACACACACCCUAAUACACACACACACACAAGCUAGACGGAUAACAGACGUACUGUAUUUGUUAUUAGGCAUCUGGAAACCGACAACGUUCUGUAUGUCCUUGUGAUCCUUAGGCAGAAAAAAACCUGACUAUAAGACCUGUGCGGAGAUAUAAACGUUGGUGACCUUUUUGUUGCUAGACCAAACGUGUUUUAAAAAGAAAAUUGUGAAUCUUUCUAUUGCCUCAAACAGAUUGCAACUGCUCCAAAAAUAUAAACGGAACAUCAAAGAA